AUGGCCUCUUCCGUGCCAAAUGGUGUGUCUCCUCUCGCCUCCACUUCCCUUCUCGGUCUGCGACAGACGUCGGACCUGCUGGAGCAGCAUGCGACUGGGGCGAAGGGCUUCAGUCACUCCUACCAGCAAACCACUAAGACGUUCAAUGGGGGGAACACCACGCUCGCCGACGUGGUCCACACGCUUGCAGGCCGGGGAGGCGACGACCUGACGGCCUCCCGGGUGGCCGACGCCGAUUAUGCAAGCCUGUUGGAGUGGAUUCGGUGCGAGAGGAUGAAGAAACUCCCACCCGAGGGGAGCAACUACGACAAGGCCCUUGUGUGGGCGGCCUUGUUCGUUGAGCGCGUGCACUCGUUCGAUUCUGGAAUCGAGCAGUUUGCGGGCGACAGCCAUCUCGCUGCUCAGCUAUCUUACUGCUACUGCGCGAGCCUGCUCGAGUUGGGCGAGCAAAACGCCCCGGCCCUCAUGGACCUAUUUGGCUUUUUCUACCGCUGCUCCGCCGGGCUCGGCAACCUGCUGGAUCGUGCGGAGCUCUUUGUAGUCUCUGCGGAUAUCAAAGAUCAACUCAUUCUCGCGUUAGCCGACCUGGUCACCCUCGUCGUUUGUGUGGCCACGCAUUUCCACCGGUCUCUGCUCGCCUCUGAAUCGGUGUCGAUUGAUAUCUAUAGCACCUUUCCCGGUCCGAUCGACAGUUUUCGCGGUCGUUGCGAGCAGGUGUCAGAACUUAUGUGGCGUCACCAGCUGACGCGAGAGGGUCUCCAAGGCGAUACAGCCGUCGGAAUCAAUACCCUCAAAGACUGGUUGAAGCCAGAAGACCCGGUGCUCGCCCACCUCACCGAAGCCAUGGCCCCCUCGGCCCAGGAGCGCGAGGAGGCCACCUGCCUGUGGGUAAAGCCAUACUUGACGCGGUUCUUGAAAGGCGAGCAGCAGGUCCUCUCCAUUACAGGCAAUCCGGGUUCCGGCAAGUCGGUCCUAUCAGCCGUGAUCAACGAUCAUCUGCAGCAUCCCGUCGGAGGAAUGAGAUACACAUCCAUCCUGGCGCCCAUCAAUGGUCGAAUCCCCGCCACCACGACUCCGCGCGCCGUCGCCAAGACGAUGUUAUCACAAAUAUUUAACAGGCGCAUUGGCAACGUGCAGAUGUACCAGAUCUUGGCCAACGCCUACGAUCAGAGCCAGCGGAAUGUCGACGAAGUGUCGUAUGAUGAUCUGUUAUGGGACGCCCUUUCGCAUGCCAUCCAGGCCAGUCGAGUGGGCGCCAGGGAGCUGGUCCUAGUCGUCGACGGCAUCGACGAGGCCAGCUGUGGGGAGAGAUCUCUAUCGCGCCGACUCCACGAGGCAGUGUCCAACGCCCCCACCGUGAAACUGAUCGUGCUCGCAUCGCAGCCGCUGGAUGCAGUCGUAUCCCAGACGACGGUGCGGAUUACGCCGGAGCUCAUCUUUGAUGACGUUGCUGCGGUCACCCGCAAGAUCCUCCACCAGAGCCCCGCGUUCAACACCAUGUCCGACGAAGAGCAGGAGCUGAUGGUGACCCGUAUCACGGAAUCAUCCGAAGGCUCCUUCCUCUGGGCAAAACUGGCCGCCAAGCGGGUGCGCGAUGACCACCUGCCGCAUAAGGAUGCGCUCUCCACGUCCGUGGAGAACAUCAUUCGAGCGGGAUACUCGAUCACCGAUCUCGUCGCGCACACACUGCAUUCCAAGCUGGAUGAGGAUACUAAGAAGGUUUUGGUCUGGCUGACCACCGCGGGCCGCCCUCUCACCCAGCGGGAACUGGCCGCUCUUCUCUCCAUCCAGCCCGACAAGGCCACCGUCGCUGAGUACCGCGAUGUCAACUUCCCUCACCUACUAAAGCCAGUCUCCUCGCUUAUCUUCUUCCAAAAUAACUUGGUCUAUUUGAGGCACGGGCAGGUGCGCGCCGCCAUCCUAGACGUCAUCUCGAAAGGCAAGUUCCUGCCCGCGAUUAAAAACAGGCACGUGGACUUUGUGCAAAGGCUCCUGCUGUACGCAAAGCACAGUGUGACCGACAGCCAUGAUCCCUCCUUGGCUCCGCUGGAUGGGCGGGUGACGGAACACCUGCUGGAGAAGCAUCCUCUGCUGGAGUUCGCGCUUCGCUACUGGGUGAGUUAUGUCAAGAUUGCGUUCGGGUGCACCAGCGACCAAGAAGUUGCCACGGCGGGCAAGGUCUUGCGAUCCGUCAUCCCUACUAGUCCCACCGUGCCGCUCCUGGAGAUGAAUAUUUGGGCGAACAAAGCAACUCCGUUGCUCCGAUCGAUUCACGGAAUUCAGACACGUCUAUACCGCCAAACCUUGAACAGCAACCACCCAGCUACUCUGCAGGUCAUUCUCUCCCAGGCGCUCUUCCACCGACAGAUCCGUAACAGCGUGCCUGUCGAGAGCAACCGGAUCCUCUACGAGGCAGCGAGAAUCAGUCAGACCAUGUUAUCCGUCCGGCAUCUCAUCACCAUGCAGAUGGCCCAGUUCUUCCUGGAGGCCACGGCAGAUCAAAUCACUGAGUCCAAGACGGAGGUCAUGAUAUGGCGCGUCGAGAUGCUUCAGCUACUGGUAGAAUGCUAUAAGGUGCAUCACGGUGCGACAAACGUCAUGGUCACCUCGACGUUGACGCAGCUGUCCGAACAUUAUCGUUUCAUCAAAGAGGAGCGCAAGGCGCAGGAGAUUACCGACUCUUUGCAGGGAUCUGUCGCCGAUAAUAAGACCCAGCGGAGCGGAUCUCGCCAGAUUGACGACUCAUUGCUGGUCCACCUCUGCGGCCGUAAGGAUACGACGACGACAGAGACAGGUACCACCCUCGCUUUGGAUGGGACGGAAGAGGAUGAGCUGAUCACCUGGUCCCUUGACCUGGAGACUCUGCUGACCAAAGCCGAGGGGCAGUCGGCAGAGGAGGGCGAGCGCACGUAUGUGGAGCUGUGGCAGCAGGCCAGCCGGGAGUACCGGAUGAACCACUCCAUUGAGAGCAAGCUUAAGACGGUUCGAGCCGUUCUCGCGUAUGCCCAAUUCCUCAAAAGUCAGCAGAGAGACAAUGAAGCGGCCUCGGUCCUUGCCGGGUUCUGGGAGGAGUACAAGGAAACCGUCUCCAGCGCGGAAGUUUUGGUGUCUCACUUCAUACAGCUUGCCAAAGUCAUGAAGUCCGUGGGAUUGUACGUACUGGCUCUCGAAGUCUUCAAACACUGCGCACAGAGUACCAGCAGCCAGAGUGCAACUCACAAGGAGGCGGAACAGAAUAUCCAAUCCACGUCCCGGGAAGCGAUGCGGAUGGCCACUACCUCGUCGUCUACAUCAUCUGUGGUGACGGAGUCGAACCUCAAAGACAUGGUAUAUAGCACAUCCACUGUCGACGAGGUGUCCACCACAGCGACCACCAAGCUGGUCGAGAUGUACCUAUCCCAACACCGGUGGCACGACGCCACGAGCGUGCUGAAACGAGUACUGCGAAGUGUGUGGCCUGCGGUGUUUGCGCCUUCGCUUGAAGAAGUCGUCCUGCCAUCGGCCCAUGUCGAGUAUUGCGUUGAGCUCGCGGAGCGCCUGGCGAGCUGCUACCGCUCCCGCCGUCGUCCGGUCAAGGAAGAGGACAUCCGGACUCGCCUUUAUCGUGCAGUUCGGCGCGAUCGACCGGCGAGUGGAGAUCAACUCUUGGAGCGAGUCACGAAGAGCCUUCUUCGUCUAUACGAGCGUACCUCCCAGAACGACAAGGUCAUCACCGUUCACCAGGAUAUACUACAUGACUACACCAAGCGCUUCGGCGAGGAACAUCCCACUGUUAUCCGAAAUCUGUGGACUCUUGCUGAGCUGACACGCCCGCGCCCAAUUGCAGUGGACUACUAUCGUCAGAUCGUCCAUAUUCUGAACAAGGGCUCGGAGACCUGCCACCCGGAUGCCUUCGAGCCGCUCUUGAUUGUGGCAACGGAGCUCCUGAAACAAGAACGGUACGCAGACGCGCUGAAGCCCUGCCGGGUGUUGUUCAACACCCUGCAGAGCCCGAAGAUCAGCCAGAAGUUGCGGGAUCCGGCGUUCGUUCAGACCAUCUACGAACGCUAUGUCCACUGUUUGCGUAUGGUUCACAGCGACACCGCCAUCAUACACGAUGUGACGGUACAAUAUCGCAAAGCGUGCAUCAGCCUCUUCGGCGCUAGUGCCUCGAUUACCAUCCAGGCGACCAAGACGCUGGCAAACAUCUGUCAAGAGUCGAAGCAAUAUGAAGCGGAAGCGAUCCAGCUCUACGAAGGGCUCUUGCAGACCAAGUCCAGCGAAGCCGACCUCGAUCAUCAGGACAUCCGCGCCACUUUGGAUAUUAUCUACGAGCAGCAGGGUGCCUCGUCGACUGCGUCGAGAGUGGAAACAAUGACGGCAAAGGAGCUGCAGAAGGAAGCGUCUAUUCGCACCCAACGCCUGACGUCCAUCCGCUCCAGCUGCGGAUGGGCUCACGAGGAUGCCCUGUCCCAGAUGGAAGAGAUCGUCUCGCUGCAUACCAAGCGCGGGGAGCCGCAAGCUGCUGUGUCAAUGCUACAGGAGACAACAGUGCAGGUGCUGUCGACCGAAACGUCCGCCGUCGAGCUGACUGCGGCGGCCAAAACCAUUGCAUCUGGCUACAUCACCGCGGGCCAGAUGCAGCAGGCCAGGGAGCUCUCACACGAGAUCUACCGCCAGAUCAUCAUCAAGGACGCCGGCAAUUCCAGUGCCUUUGGUUUUGACCAGAGUUCAAGACGGCGGCAAAACCUUAUUUUCCUAGCUCAGCUCGAAUACAGCCUCCGGGAAUCCGACGACGCUUCGGUAACGUUGAACGAGAUCUACGCCGCCCUGACCACGGAAUAUCUAUACUUUGAGCAGUUCCGGAAAGUCCUCGGUUCAGACGCCGGCAACCUCCAGAAUACAACGGCUACGGUUGCCCGCCUGCACGCGUUCUUACUCGGCCGCGGCCGCCAGUCGGCCGCCACGCAGGUGGUGAAUCAGUACACCAGGUUCUUCUUGGCCACCGAGGGCUCCAGCCUGAAGAUCGACCCUCAGCAGGCCAAGGUCUUUAUUGAGACGGUCCUAGAUUAUUUCAGCACCCAUAUCUCGCGCGACUUUGUGCGUUCAGUGGCCAUCGCUAGCUACAACCGGGCUGCCCAGCUGCUCGACUCCGAGGACUACCAGUCCGCCUGCCACCUCGCGUUGGCAGCAUUGAGGUAUAUCGGUGCACACCAGGGUUACUCGGCCCUGCCGACACUCAAGCUGGUGUUCAAGCUGGGCCUGCUCAUCGCUGGUCGAGAGACUGACGCGCGUCCGGCGGCCUCGAUCAAGAAGUACAUGCUGAGCGUGUCGGCGAUGAUCUUGCACGAUACGCUGAGUUAUUUCAAGGAGCACAACGUUGAGCUCGCACAGCUUGAUCUGGUGAACGUCAAUAGCCUGAUUAGCGUUCUGGAUGAGCAACAUGACUACCAAACCUUGGCCUGGGUCCUCACCUCCCUCUGGAACAGCCGGGACACCCAUGCCCUGUCACAGCCGCAGCAUGCGUAUACGCUUGCUCUCGGGCGCAUGCUGGUCAUUACCCGCUAUAUGAUCAACGACUAUACUGCAGCCGUCCGGCUCGCGGAGGAUCUUGUGUAUAAUUGCGCUCGUGUCCAUGGGCCCCGGCACCCAAGUACCGUCGAGAUGACCGUGCUGCUAUCGCAGAUGUACACCAGCGUGGCCCAGGGCUAUCAGAGCCAGAAAGGCCGGCGCGAGCUGGCCUAUCGAUAUUAUCGGAAAGCGGCCGCGCUGCACGAGAACGCCCUGCGCACGUUCAUCGACCCGUCCUCGGCGUCUGCCACCGAGAUGGACGCGGAGGUCAUCUCGGGCAUGUCAUCCCCUUCGUCCGCCUCCAGUCCAGGCGAAACCGCGGAAGAAGGAAAGCAUGUCCGACAGCACCUGCAUAUGCUCAAGCUUGCCGUCGAGCGCCUCGGGGAUUGGCCCAAGGACUAUUCCGAGUAUGAACGGCUCAACGACGAUGUGUUCCGCGCGUUUGCGAAUGACCUGGAGGGAGUGGAUGGCGUGGACAAAUGGAACCUGCAGUCGUUCGGGUCCGGCCGGGCGGAGGCCAGCGACGAUCUCCUCUCCUUUGCCCAUGAGCAUCUGGCGAUUGCUGUUUAA